GAGAAAAGAAAGACCCUCCUCUUCACAGCGCCGCCGUGUAUAAGAAGCGGAGCACACAAAGGAGCGCGCUCAGACCGACCGCGCACCGGGGCUCACGCGCACUAAACACUGACACACAAUAAUGGAGAAGGGGGCAGCGAGAGCCGAGUGGGACAGCCCGGUCCAGUUCAUCCUGGCCUGUGUGUCGUACGCGGUGGGACUGGGGAACGUAUGGCGCUUCCCGUACCUGUGUCAGAUGCACGGAGGAGGGGGCUUCCUGAUCCCCUACCUGCUGAUGCUGUUCCUGGAGGGAGUGCCUUUGUUCUACCUGGAGCUGGCAAUUGGACAGAAGAUGCGUCAGGGCAGCAUCGGGGCAUGGACAGCCAUCAGCCCGUACCUGGGGGGAGUGGGUCUGGCCAGUGUGGUGACCUCCCUCUACCUGUGUCUCUACUACAACAUCAUCAAUGGGUGGAGCUUCUGGUACCUAUUUCAUUCUUUUCAGGCGGUCCUCCCCUGGUCCACCUGUCCUCUCUCAGCCAAUCGGACGGAGCCGCUGGAGGAGUGCCGGGUAGCCACGCCCACACAGUACUUCUUCUACAGGGAGACUCUGAACAUCUCGCCCAACAUCGAGACCAACGGGGGCAUCCACACGGGGCAGGCCCUGUGUCUGCUCCUCGCCUGGGUCAUGACCUACCUCUUCAUCGUCAACGGGGUCAAGUCCACCGGCAAGGUGGUGUACUUCACUGCCACAUUCCCGUACAUUGUGCUGACCGUGUACCUGAUCCGUGGCGUCACGCUGCAUGGCGCUGUCAACGGUAUCACCUACAUGUUCACUCCCAAGAUGGAAGAGCUGGCAAACCCCUCCACCUGGAUCAACGCUGCCACUCAGAUCUUCUUCUCCCUGGGGCUGGGCUUCGGCUCACUCAUCGCCUUCUCCAGCUACAACCAGUACAACAACAACUUUGAGCGGCAGGCCAUCAUUGUGUCUCUUAUCAACAGCGGCACCUCCAUUUUUGCCAGCAUCGUCACCUUCGCCGUCUACGGCUUCAAGGCCACGGUUAACUACGAGAACUGCCUGGACAGACUGCGUCUUCUUCUCAUGAACACGUUUAAUUUGGCUGAGGACGUGAUCAGUCAGGACAAUGUACUGGACUGGGUUGAGAAGCUGAACACAAGCUACCCUUUGGAGUUUGCACAGAUCGCCGACAAAGUGGAAACCUGUGACCUCACCAAAGAACUCAGCACUGCAGUGGAGGGCACGGGGCUCGCCUUCAUUGUGUACAGUGAGGCCAUCACCAACAUGCCCCUGUCCCAGCUCUGGUCUGUGCUCUACUUCUUCAUGCUGCUGCUGCUGGGCAUGGGCAGCAUGUUGGGCAACGUGACGGCCAUCAUCACCCCUAUAAAGGACUUUAAGAUGUUCUCUGGCAUCAGCGAGGAGCUGCUCAAUGGCGUAGUGUGUAUCUUUUGCCUGCUGCUGGGGCUGGGUUUUACCACUCCUUCUGGAAACUACUGGUUCACCAUGUUCAACGAUUAUGGAGCCACCUUCUCACUGCUCUUCAUCGUUCUCAUCGAGGUGGUCACUGUCAGCUACAUCUAUGGCAUCAAGAGGUUUUCUAAAGACAUUGAGGACAUGCUGGGCCAUCCACCAAACUGGUACUGGAAAAUCAUGUGGGGAGGUGUCAGCCCGCUGCUCCUCAUCGCACUGUUAAUUUUUUACAUCAUCAACUACAUCAGGGGAGGAACGCCCACGUACCAGGCCUGGAACCAGGAGCUGGGCCAGGCCGUGGUCACCGAAUACCCCGUGUUUGGACAAGUCUUCAUCGCGUUGCUGAUCGUGUCUUCAGUGAGCUGUGUGCCAAUGACAGCUCUGUAUGCUUACUGCAGAAGGAGGAGACCCAGUGCUACAGCUGUGUACACAUAGACCCCUGCCCAGCCCAAGAGACCCCAAAAGACCCCUAUCUGACUCCAAAUCGUAGACUGUAUAUAUAGAUGGACAUAGUUAACCUGAUAGCCGCCACGUUCCAAAUAGGAAGCGAACAAGGGUGAGACAUAGUUCCGUAAGAGUCUGGCUCCAAUUAACUUCUACUGAAAAAUCGUUGCCCCUCUCUCUGUAACUGCUGCUAUCAGACUCAUCAUUCUGAUCUUAAAAUGUGAUAUUUUGUCCGAAAAUAGCACGCUUUCUGGGCAGGAGGGAUUUUUUUCACUGCAGUACCAAAAAGUGGCCACUAAACUCGAGACAGCUCUAAACUAGCUUCUGAUUUCUGAUUUCCAGAUAUGGUCCCUGGUUGCAGAUUAGGCCGCUAUAACCUCGAUUGGCUUUGUUUGGUUGCAACUGAACACUAAGGGUGACACCAGUCCCUCAGUCCACUUCUAUUAUACAGUCUAUGCUCGAAAUACCCCAACCCAACUCGAGAAUGCCCCCUGUCCCCCAUGCUGUGACUGUGACUGUGUUUCAUUGUAUAUAGACAUGGACUAUUUUUAGAGAUGGAUUGAACUUUUUUGUAUUUUUGUAUUGUUUGUAUGAUAAUAAUAUUUUUGCCUAGAGAGUUGCCUUGUUGUAUAUGAAAUGGGGCCUUAGCGAAAUGUGGAGUGGGUGCCCUUUUUGCCAAUAUAAAAGCUGCCUUAGUUGAUUCAUAAUAUGAUCAGAACAUGCCAAAUUUUCCCUGUUACUCUUCCUAUGUGUCUUAUAGAGAGAACAACAGUUUGAUUCUUCAUAAGGAAAAAUAUACCCCAAUAAAUGUGUAUAUGUGCUCAAACAUAUGCAAAUAACAUAGUGUCUACUGGACAGGUCCCGUGCAGGUCUCACCAGCUUCCUUUGGCUGGUAAACUUAGUAAAUGCUGUCUCAUGUGGUUGGGAGCUUCAGUUCGGGUCAGUGUGAAAUACCGCAGUGACUUUAUAGGAUUCCGACGAGAACAUAGCACUGGCUUAUCGAUGCACCGUAAAUUGUUAUGUAACCGGAGGACACGGCUGAAGACAUUAGACAUCUUAAACUGUGUUCACUCUGCAGUAGUGAUGGGACUUUCGGCUCGUUUAUGGGAUUUGAGUCUUUUGGAUCUGUUUCUUUCAAAGAGGCGUUCAAAAGAGUUUUUCUAUUUAUUUAUAUGACAGAAGCCAAUUUGACAAAUGGCAAAUAAAUUGGUUCAAACUGAGAGUGGGAGUGUGUUUACCCUUUGAAAUGAUGCAGAGUCCAAAUAAAGCAUUGGACUAUAAUACCAAUCAUAUUUAAAAUAACAGUUUAUGAUUAUGAUGUCAGAUAUGUUUUUUUUUGUGCACAAAGCUCUCACUCAUGUUGCCUGCUCUGCUUGUGUGCUGAUUGUUGUGUUGGUUCAGUGUUAAUCUAGGUAAAAAUGCAUAAAAGUAGAAAGAAGAUCCAAGCGUUCAUGUUAAAGAACCAUUUAAAAGAGCUGACUCGUUCACAAAUGUCACAUCACUACUCUGCAGAUGUUUAGUCUCAGUCCUUUAGUGUCAGGUGAAUGUGUUGCGCUUCUUGUGUGAACCCUCUUGUUUCCUGUCGUGGCCCACAUGUGCACAAGACAACAGGAGUUGACUGAUAUAGACUUC